AUGACUGUAACCUUGAUCUCCACGCCACCGGCGGUCGUAACGCCCGAACAAACAAUUCAAUUACAAGAUUCUGGACUCAUGCCAGAAAUUGCUCAUCAUGUUCAACCAAAUGUUCGUAUAUUAAUCACCCCCCCUAUGUUUGACGCUGUGCUUGGGAAAGGAACUUUAUAUGUAACCGAAAGCAAAUUGUACUUUUUUUCUCGGGAUACAAACAACGGAUUAGCGAUUGAUUACCCAUCGAUAAUAAUGCAUGCAAUCUCAAGGCAAGCAUUAGAUGACACGGGGCCAUGUAUUUAUACACAGUUGGAUAUUGAACCAAAUAGUUUAACAAGUGCUAAUCAAAGUACUGAAAAUCCGACUGAAGAUGGCGAUAGAGAUGAAAUGACAGAAAUGAAAUUCAUUCCUGAUGAUACUAAUUCUCUUGAUGCAAUCUUUGAAGCUUUAUCUGAAUGCGCUGCAUUGCAUCCUGACAAAGGAUAUAUGGAAGAGGAUCCAGAUAAUGAAUUUUAUGGCAAUGGAGAUAAUGAUGAAUGGAUCACUGCCGCGCCAAGUGACGAACAAGAACUAAGUGAAGUUGGAAGUGCAUCGCUAGCGUAUUUGGAUUCUAUUAUUGAUCAACCGAAUCUGACAGAGCAACAAAGAACGUCUCCAGAUACUAAUGAACAUGAUAAAGAGAUGUUUGAGGAUGCAGAAGAAUAA